AUGUCCUCUAUUGCACCGCACCACCCUUGCUCCCCGCCUCUGUCUGCGAUUCGUCGAAUGAAAUGGCGUCAAAUUCAAUUCGUCAAUUCGUCAAAUGAAAUGGUCGAGGCGUCCGAAUGGAUUUUCGACAGAUCGCAGACGGGGGGAAAAGGUAGUGUUCGGACUGUAAUUUACGGAAACGAGCGCAACUCCACUCAUUUGCUACCAGCCAUCUUAAAAAAAUGGCUUGGGAACCACUUUGGUUCCUACGAGGUACCACACCGCCACCGUAGGUGUGUAUUCUUCGAACGUGUUGGGACGGAGUCACAUAUCACAUCUCCGUCACAGCGAGCCUACGUGAUCUCGCUGGUGAAAACCUAUAUUUCGGGUAAGGCUCCGCCUACGAAGAAGGCACGUGUGGUCGAAUUAAGUGACUGUCCAAAGGAAUCUACCAUCGUCUUGAAGAACUCUAAUUCGAAUUCCCAGUCAAAAAGAAUGGCUUCUGAGAAGAACGGACAAGAGGCGAUGGACACUGACACUGGAGGACUCGACACAAAUCUUUAUUCAAGACAAAUUUAUGCUCUUGGCGAGUCUGCGAUGAUCCAUUUGAGGAAGGCUUCAGUCCUGAUAUCCGGACUAGGAGGAGUUGGUGUUGAGAUCGCGAAGAAUCUUAUCCUCGGAGGCGUUCGCAGCGUCACUCUUCAUGACACCAAAAACACUCGAUGGUUUGACCUGUCUGCUCAAUACUACUUGACAGAAGGUGAUCUUGGUAAAAAUCGUGCAGCUGCUAGUUUCGAAAGGUUAGCAGAACUGAAUGACAGUGUGAACUGUCAACUGGUCGUGGAUCGGCUUACUGAAGAUUUCGUGAAACAGUUUGAUCUUGUGAUUCUCACUGAUACCCCCCGGAGCGAGCAGUUGCAAGUUGCUAGUUGGACAAGAACACAUAAUCGCUAUUUGUUACUAGCCGAUGCACGCGGUCUCUACAGCUACAUAUUUGCUGACUUGGGCAAUUCAUUCCGCAUUGACGAUCCAAAUGGCGAGCAGAUCAAAGAGUUUCUCAUUGAAUAUGUUGAUGCUGAAACCGGUGAUGUGACAACACUAGAAAACCAGAUGCAUGGUUUGGAAGAUGGCGAUUAUGUGACUUUUUCUGAAGUGAAGGGAAUGACUGAAUUGAAUGGUUGUGCACCACUGAAAAUUACUGUCAAAAAACCUCACGUGUUUAACAUAGGAGAAGCAGCGAAAAAUUUAUCUCAGUAUGAGGAAGGAGGUCGCGUGAAACAAGUAAAAGUACCCACAUUUGUUUCGCACAAAACGCUUGAGGAGUCACUUGCAGAUCCUGAGUUUGUAUACUGGGAUUUCGCCAAGUUUGAUUAUCCCUCACAGUUACAUCUGCUUUGGGGUGCUCUGUAUAAGUUUGAGGCUAAGCACGGACGCCAUCCAAAUCCACGCUCCGAUAGCGAUGUUCGGCUGUUGAAGGUUGAAUUACCAGAUGGUGCCGAAGUUAACGAAAAACUUUUGAAGCUUUUCAGCUACCAAGCUUCCGGAAAUCUAGUCACUAUAGCUUCGAUAGUUGGUGGGAUUGCUGCUCAAGAAGCCAUGAAAGCCGUUACCCAUCACAUGACUCCACUAAAACAAUGGCUUUACCUUGAUUGUGACGAUGCUUUGCCCGGAAACUGGAGCGAAUUUGAUAAUGAAAAACUCAGCGAAGAAGACUGCAAACCACGCGGUUGUCGAUAUGAUGGACAAGCAGCAGUUUUUGGAUGGAAAUAUCAAGAAGCGCUGUUCAAUCAGAAAUGGUUUGUUGUUGGCGCAGGAGCCAUUGGUUGCGAAUUACUGAAAAACCUUGCGAUGAUGGGUGUGGCAUGCGGUGAAGGAGGUUUGAUCAAGAUAACUGAUAUGGAUCAAAUUGAAAUUAGUAAUUUAAAUAGGCAAUUUCUUUUCCGAAUGAAUGAUGUUGGAUCCAAAAAGUCUGUUGUUGCUGGACGAGCUGUGAAAUUCUUCAACAAAGAUGUUCACAUUGAAGCUCUUUCGGAAAGAGUUGGACCUGAUACUGAACACAUUUUCAAUGAUGACUUUUUUGCCGAGCUUGAUGGAGUGGCAAACGCUUUGGAUAAUAUUGACGCUCGACGCUAUAUGGAUAGACGAUGUGUAUUCUAUCGUCUUCCUCUACUUGAGUCUGGCACUAUGGGUACUAAAGGAAACACCCAAGUGGUCUACCCAUAUCUUACCGAGUCCUAUGGAUCAUCCGUCGAUCCUCCUGAAAAAGAUAUCCCUAUCUGCACAUUAAAGAACUUCCCGAAUGAAAUCCAGCAUACCAUUCAAUGGGCAAGAGAUUUGUUUGAGGGAUUAUUUACUGGCCCAGUUGAGACCGCCAAUCAGUUCCUAGCUGAUGAGAGAGCCUUCUUGGAGCGACUGGAGCAGAUGAACGUCAGUCAACGAACACAGCUUUUGAGCCAGGUGAAGGAUGUUCUCAUCGACAGCAAGCCAUCAAAUGCUGAGGACUGCAUAAAGUGGGCACGUCUUCUGUUCCAGGAACAUUAUCAUGACAAUAUCGCUCAAAUGUUGCAUUCCUUCCCAGCAGAUCAGGUAACCGAUCAAGGAGCGAAAUUCUGGUCCGGUACAAAACGUUGUCCACAUGUGCUCGACUUUGAUCCUUCCCAAGAGGAGCAUCGUAAUUUUGUGUAUGCAGCUUCGAUUUUGCGGGCGCAAGUCUACGGAAUUAAACCGAUUCUCGAUAUUGAUCUCGUGAUGAAAAUUGCUUCGUCGGUUCAGCCUCCGCCUUUCAGACCACGAGCAGGAGUUAAGAUAGCGGUCACAGAAGCCGAAGCAAAGGAGAACGCCGAAGCUGAAGAUGCUAACGCCGAUGGCGCACUUGAACAAGUGAAAGUUAAACUCGCUCGACUGAAUACGAAAUCCAUUCAGAAACUUAACCCUAUUGAUUUUGAGAAGGAUGAUGAUACUAAUCACCACAUGGAAAUGAUCACUGCUGCUUCCAAUCUUAGGGCUGAGAACUACUCGAUUCAACCAGCAGACCGAAUGAAGACCAAACAAAUAGCCGGCCGCAUAAUACCUGCGAUAGCUACUACGACAGCUACAGUUGCUGGUCUUGUAUGCAUCGAACUUUAUAAGAUGGUUGGAUCUGACGGAUUGCCUAAAACGCCAACGACUCGUUUCAAGAACGGCUUCAUCAACCUUGCCUUGCCGUUCUUCGGAUUCUCGGAGCCCAUUGCAGCUCCAGUGAAAAAGUAUAACGAAACAACAUUCACUCUUUGGGAUCGGCUAGAAAUUCAAGGACCAAAAACGUUACAAGAAGCUGUGGAUUGGAUUCAGAACGAAACUGGUCUUGAAGUGACUAUGCUUUCAUCUGGGGUCUCGCUAAUCUACUCGUUCUUCAUGGAUGCUAAGAAGCGAGCCCAUCGCAUGCCAAUGGAUGUAAAAGCCGUUGUUGAAGACGUCUCGAAGCGAGAAGUGCCUCGGCACCAACGCUCAUUGGUCCUGGAGAGAGCCAAUGUCUUCACUUGCCUUGCGCUUCAUCACCCAAGUAGCGCUGCCUUUCCCGUUGGAGGUCCCACUCUUCUCGUCUGUAGGCUCGUGACUCAUUCUAGUGCAGUUUUUUUUUACUACCUUUAA